AUGAAUAAUGAAACGAAAGAAGCGUUGACAAGACAGUUGAAAUUAUUGCAAGAGCAAUGUAAAUACGCUUAUAAUGUUAUUGAGAAUUCGCCAGAUGUGGGUCUUAUACCAAACAACAUUGAAGCUAAAGCUUUAAAUUAUGUAGAGGCUUUACGAACAGACAUACAAAAUUCGAACACAGCUAUAACAACGGAUAUUAAUUUACUAACAAGUCAAUACCUCUCUGAAACGAAAGAGAAAACUGAAGAAGUUGAAAAAUUCUUAGCUUUUACCAAGGGAUCCAUUUAUGACAUGAAUGCUGAAAUAGACAGAUUAGAUAACUCAAUCAAAACAUUACAAGAAGCCAGGUUAAGACCUAAAGCAGUAAAGAAUGAUAUACAUCCCAAGCACAUGAUGAAGGCUAAAGAAAGAUUCCAAUUGAUUAAAAAAGAACUUCAUGGACUUAUAUAUUCCUUGUACCCAAACUGUGCCGACCCUAUCAAGGAUGUUUUGGGGCAACUGAUGCAAGAGAGGCUAGACGAAACAUCUAGUGGUUACAUUCAGAUUACAUCAGAGAACUACCAGUCUAUACGACUACUAAAUGACAUAAACCUAGUGUCUCAAAACCCCUAUAAUACAGAGGAAGUUAAACUUGAUUUCUAA